GGCUGCUCAGAAACAGAGUCCUGACAGUCCACACUCCACCGUGCAGAGGAAGCAAGGCGUCGGGCAGCCCUGGCAUGGCAGGGAUCAGAGUCACCGAGGUGGACUGGCAGCAGCCGAGGAAUGGCACUGCCCAUCACACCGAGGAGUACCCGGGCCCUGUGCUGGUCGUCCGCAGGGGCCAGAGGUUCACCUUCACGCUGAAGAUGAACAAACCCCUGGAGAGCGAGGAGACCCUCGUCUUCACCGUGGAGACAGGACCCCAGGCCUCUGAGGCCCUUCACACCAAGGCUGUGUUCCAGACAACAGAGCUGGAGGUGCACGAUGCCUGGACGGCUGUGAAGGAGACUCAGGCGGAGAACACCAUGACCGUCAGUCUCAUCAGCCCUCCCAACGCCGUCAUUGGCCGCUACCAGCUGAGCACCAGGGUGUCCUCUAGCCGCAGAAACAGUGACCGGAAGCUGGGCGAGUUUAUUCUCCUUUUCAACCCAUGGUGCCCAGAGGAUGCCGUGUUUCUGGCCUCAGAGGAGGAGAGACAGGAGUACGUGCUCAGUGACAGCGGGGUCAUCUUCCGAGGCGUGGAGAAGCACAUCCGAGCCCAAGGCUGGAACUUCGGGCAGUUUGAGGAGGACAUCCUGAACAUCUGCCUCUCCAUCCUGGACCGAAGCCUGAGUCACCAGGCUGACCCAGCCACCGACGUGUCCCGCCGCCAUGACCCCAUCUACGUCACCAGAGCCAUCAGCGCCAUGGUGAACAGCAACAAUGACCGGGGCGUGGUCCAAGGCCAGUGGCAGGGCAAGUAUGGCGGCGGCACCAGCCCACUGCACUGGAGCGGCAGCGUGGCCAUUCUGCACAAGUGGUUCAAGGGCAGGUUCAAGCCAGUCAAAUACGGCCAGUGCUGGGUCUUCGCUGGAGUCAUGUGCACAGUCCUUAGGUGCUUGGGGAUCGCGACACGAGUUGUGUCCAACUUUAACUCGGCCCAUGACACGGACAGGAACCUGACUGUGGACAAGUACGUGGACUCCUUCGGGCGGACGCUGGAGGACCUGACGGAAGACAGCAUGUGGAAUUUCCAUGUCUGGAAUGAGAGCUGGUUUGCCCGGCAGGACCUGGGCCCCUCUUACAAUGGCUGGCAGGUCCUGGAUGCCACCCCGCAGGAGGAGAGCGAAGGCGUGUUCCGGUGCGGCCCCGCAUCAGUCACCGCCAUUCGCGAGGGCGACGUGCACCUGGCCCACGAUGGUCCCUUCGUGUUUGCGGAGGUCAACGCGGACUACGUCACCUGGCUCUGGAAUGAGGAUGAGAGCCGCGAGCGUGUGUACUCAGACACUAAGAAGAUCGGGAGGUGCAUCAGCACCAAGGCGGUGGGCAGCGACUCCCGCGUGGACAUCACCAGCCUCUACAAGUAUCCGGAAGGGUCCAGAAAGGAGAGGCAGGUGUACAGCAAGGCGGUGAAGAAGCUGUUCAGCAUGGAAGUGUCUGGAAGGAGGACCCGGGUCCACAGAGCCGGCGGCCGCGGUCUCUGGCGUGAUGACCUCCUGGAGCCUGCCACCAAGCCCUGCAUCACCGGCAAGUUCAAGGUGCUGGAGCCGCUCGUGCUGGGCCAUGACCUGAAGCUGGCCCUGUGCUUGGGCAACCUCACCUACCGGGCCCAGCAGGUCCAAGUCAACCUGAGCGGCGCCACCAUACUUUACACCCGCAGGCCGGUGGCAGAGAUCCUGCACGAAUCCCACGCUGUGAAGCUGGAGCCUCAAGAAGAGAAAAACAUCCCAAUUGCAAUAUCUUACUCUCAAUAUAAGAAAGACCUGACAGAGGACAAGAAGAUCCUGUUGGCUGCCAUGUGCCUUGUCACCAGAGGAGAGAAGCUCCUGGUGGAGAAGGACAUUACUCUGGAGGACUUCAUCACCAUCAAGGUGCUUGGCCCGGCCGUGGUAGGGGUGGCAGUUACGGUGGAAGUGAUGGUGGUCAACCCCCUCUCUGAGAGAGUGGAGAACUGUAUGCUGACGGUGGAGGGCAGUGGCCUUCUCCAGGGACAGCUCAGCAUCAAUGUGCCCAGCCUGGAGCCCCAAGAGAAGGCCUCAGUCCAAUUCAACAUCACCCCUUCCAGGAGUGGCCCAAGGCAGCUGCAAGUAGACCUCGUCGGCCCCCACUUCCCGGACAUCAAGGGCUUUGUGAUCAUCCACGUGGCCACAGCCAACUGAUGGGCCAUGAGGGGCUGAGAGGGGAGAUGACCGCUGUUCCCCUCCUGUCCACCUCUCUGCCCUUCCCAUGUGGGAGCCAGAAGGCUUGGGUUCCAGUCCUGCUGCAGUUUCUGCCCUCCUCCAUAAAUUUGGGCAGGUCCCUCCCCUCCUGCACCUCAGUUUCCCUGUCUGUAAAAUGAGACUUAGUAAUCCUUAAACUUUUGGACAAUGAUGGAUGAUGCCUCUAACACCUUCAUCUCAUCACCCUGGUAUCUGGGAGACUGAUGGACCGAGCAUCACAGUAACCAGCCCUGCCACCUCCCUCCAGCCAGUUCACCAUCACCCUGGCUGACCCCUGGGCUUCCACCUGCUUCUCUCUCAACCCUUCAAUGCUCUGACCACAUCCAGACCCAAGAAUCUCCUCCCAGCCCUAAUGGAGGACCCUGAAGUCUUCAAGCUGAACCUAAACAUCCCUCACCACUCCCCUUUUACACAAAGGAGAGAGCCUGGCCCGUGGCCACGGGAUGAGCUGGAGGCAAAGCUGGGGCCUGUGUGCAUCCCAUUUAUACCAUCAAAGUUUUACCCCAAAAUCACAUUCUUAGAAAGCACUGGGUUUGAAGUGAUGGGAGAAUUUCUCUCAGUAAAGACACAGGCCCAGCAACGAGGGGGCUACUGCUGCCAGAAGAAGCUGAAGACAGAGGAAGGGCCGUGAAGCCUGGUUGCACUUGGGGAGAGAGCCCCAGAUCUGCUCUGGCUGUGGUCCUCAGGGAUCUCACACGACCAGCCCAGCC